CUUAUGGCAACCUAACCGAAUCCUAGAAACUAACCUACCCUCUCUCUCAUCUCCGUCGCGUCGUUGACGAGCCUCUCCGGCGACCGGCGAUGCUCCACAGCGUCGAGUUCCUGUGCUCCGUCUUCGUCGCCUUCGCACGCCUCGUCCACGCGCUCAUGUCCCUCUGCUCCCCGAGGUCGGCCCUGCAGGCCAUCGCCGCCGGUAUUCCGCCGGCAAGGGCGAUCAAGAAGGUGCGCCCUGUCAUGGCCGUCGCGGUCACCGCGCUCCUCGACGAUGCCAGUGACCAGCUGCUGGCGGCGCAAGCCCCUCCGGUGCUCGUUCUUCCUACGUUCAAGUCGACGGCGAAGAGGCCGACGAGGCUGGUGAUACCGCCGCCCGUGGCCCACGCCGGCGUCAACCCGUUCGGCGAGGCUGCUUGCCGGGAGACGGAGGUAGCGGCGGAGGUGGAGGCGCAGGGGGAGGGGUUCUGGGUGGCGAGCAGGAGAGGCGUAAGGCAUGCGAUGGAGGAUGCCUAUGGCGUGAUCACCGACGGAAUUGCUGGAGACUCCCAAUUGGCGUUCUACGGUGUGUACGACGGGCAUGGCGGCAGGGCCGCCGUUGACCUGAUCGCCGACAAGCUGGGGAAGAACAUCGUCGCCGCGCUGGCUGCGCAGCUGGAGCUGGAUGUCAUGGCAGCGAUCAGAGCCGGGUAUUUGGCCACGGACAGCGAGUUCCUCAGCCAGGGCACGCGAGGUGGUGCUUGCGCGGCAACGGCGCUGGUGAAGGACGGCGAGCUCUACGUUGCCAACGUGGGCGACUGCCGCGCCGUGCUCGGCACCCGCGACGGCAUCGCCACCGCCUUGACGUCCGACCACACUCCCGGCCGGGAAGACGAGCGGCUCCGCAUCGAGAGCUCCGGCGGGUACGUGAGCCGGGGCAGCGGCGGCGUGUGGCGGGUGCAGGACAGCCUCGCCGUGUCGCGGGCAUUCGGCGACGCCAACAUGAGGCCCUGGGUCACCUGCGAGCCGGAGGUGACACGGCUCUGCGUCACGCCGGACUGCGCCUUCCUCGUCCUCGCAUCCGACGGCCUCUGGAGCAAGGUGUCCAACCACGAAGCCGUAGAAGCCGUCGCCAGGAGCAGCGGCGGUGGUAAUGCCGGCGUGUCCAUGGACUCCUGCAAGGAGCUGGUCGCCAUGGCAAGGAGCAGAGGGAGCAGGGACGACAUCACGGCCAUGGUGGUGGAUCUAAAGCGAUUCCUUCGAUAGAAUCGCCUAGCAAAUUAAAAUCACCAUGUGAAUUUUGCGGUGAUCAACUAGGUACGUUGUAGGCCUGCCUUCCGAAGAGAUUGCAUAGGGCUCCUCGGAAAGUGCACAUGAUUAGAUCGAUCGAUGUGUAAAGAGUAAAUUAGUAUAUGUGGGCUUGAGAGUGACACCAACCGUAAGCCCACCAUGGGACGAUGGAGGACCGUUGCUGAGGAGCUUGAGAGUUUUUAUCCUCGCCGGUCUUCAUGGACAAUGGACAUCAUCGGCAAUGAUGUUAUCUUCUUCAACAACCCCUUAUUUUCGAAUUUUUGCAAGCAAGCUUGUUAGACAGGUCUAUAGCGAUGUUGGGGCUGCUGCGUGCCUAGAUGAGGUGCCCCUGUGAUUAAACUUGUGGCAAUUGCCAAUCUCCAUCGUCACGAGAGCUAUGGUGGAACCAUGACUAGUCGGCUUCGAACAUUUCAGGCCUACGGUCUUGAUUGCACUCUUCCUUCGGUUUUAAAUUGCUUUUAUGUCUGA